AACAACAAACACAACGCGAACUGUUUACAGCUGCUGCGGCGGGUGCUCUCCCUGUUUCACAGCUUUUCGUAUCGAGUCGCUCAAGCGCGGGCCAGGGGCGGGAUACACAACAGGACGUAUGACGCUGUAUCGUGUUUCGUACAUUCGAUAAGGGAGUUCCUGAGAGAAUCGCGCUCUGUUCAGCUGAGUAUGUUGUCAGGAUGACGCCUUUGUCACUGUUAAUGAAACGGCUGGGGUAUCUCUUCUACGCCGUCAGCCCAGAAGACACUAGCUUUGCUACACAUCGUGAUGUUCCAGACUAUGUGGGUGAGGUAGCCCCAUAUUUCGCCGUCUUCAUUGUGCUCGAGUUCGUUGUGAAUGUUUGGACAAAGAAGUUUCACUCCUUCCAAGUUGACGACAGCAUCGCAUCCAUAUCCCAAGGUCUUCUACAAGAGAUAUUUCGAAUAUUUUUCGAAAGUGCACAAAUCGUCAGCUAUCUCUACAUUUACGAAAACUUUAGGAUCUAUGCUCUUCCUUGGAACUCAAACUGGACAUGGUUGUUUGCAUUCCUCGCCAUCGAUUUUGGCUACUAUUGGGCACACAGAUUCAGCCAUGAGGUUAACAUCUUGUGGGCCGCUCAUCAAGUCCAUCACAGUUCAGAGUUCUACAAUCUCACUACGGCCCUGAGGCAAUCUGUUGCUCAGGAUUACUUCGUCCCGGUGUUUUACCUUCCUUUGGCGUUCAUCAUGCCCCCGAGUGUAUAUGUGGUGCAUCGACAGUUCAACCUGCUGUUCCAGUUUUGGAUUCACACUGAAGUUAUUCAUAAAAUGGGACCCUUAGAGUACAUCAUCAACACCCCAAGCCAUCACCGCGUUCAUCAUGGUCGGAACAGGUACUGCAUCGACAAGAACUACGCAGGCACAUUGAUAAUUUGGGACCGUAUAUUCGGUACGUUUGAAGCAGAAUGCGCGGAAGUUGUCUAUGGCCUGACGACUCCCAUCAACACAGUCAGCCCGUGGGCUAUACAGAUGUGUCAUUUUCAAUACAUGUGGAGCCAACUUCGAGAAGCUGAAGGACUUGGGGACAAACUAUCCAUAAUUUUCAAAGGCCCGGGAUGGUCCCCUGGAAAGCCGCGUUUGGGCGACCCACACGAUAUUCCUUAUGUGGCAGCACCAAUUCGAAGGUACGCUUCCCCAGCGAAUAUUCUGUGGAAAGCUUACGUUACCUUCCAUUUCAUUCUUCUGCUGGGAGGAUAUUUUUUCAUCCUCUACAUGAAAUCUCAUUUUUCGUCAUGGGCGAUGGUAUUUGUAUCAGCGUACCUCAUUUUCGCGCUGCAGACGUUCUCGGCACUGCUCGAAUGCACACCUCUCGCGUACCACAUGGACUCCUGGCGAUGUCUGCUUUUUUUCUUUGCCGAUUAUUUUGUCCUUCCUGCGCGCGACCAUGCGCUGUGGUCUCCCGUAAGGAUCAUCUUCUGUGCGUCUCUCCUCGGAAUCCUAGCAAUCAUAUACAAGGAGACGUCGUUUAAGCCUCACUAUUCGCAAACUGAAAAGUCUAGGUGAUGCGUCUUUAUGAAGACCACGUGUGAACGACAGUGGAAGGCAUCAAAGUUCUGCACUGCAUCGUUUGCUUCAGGACAUUCAGACUGACGUCUUGUGUUGCAGAACGUCUGCGUCAACCGAGAGAUGAGAAUAAUACACUCGUUACGUCGACGUACCGUUGCUACGUGUUACGCCGUGGCAGUAAAAUAUGAUUACUUUGGUA